CACCUAUCGUCAUGACGGCCUCUCCGGAUUACUUGGUGGUGCUUUUUGGGAUCACUGCUGGGGCCACCGGGGCCAAGCUGGGUUCGGAUGAGAAGGAGCUGAUACUGCUGCUGUGGAAAGUCGUGGACCUGGCCAACAAGAAGGUGGGACAGCUGCAUGAAGUACUCGUUAGACCAGAUCAGUUGGAACUGACGGAAGAUUGCAAAGAAGAAACGAAAAUAGACGCCGAAAGCCUGUCCUCGGCGCCGCAGCUGGACCAAGCCCUUCGACAGUUCAACCAGUCGGUGAGCAACGAGCUGAACAUUGGGGUAGGAACUUCCUUCUGUCUCUGUACCGAUGGGCAGCUUCAUGUCAGGCAGAUCCUGCAUCCCGAGGCUUCCAAGAAGAAUGUGUUGCUUCCUGAAUGCUUCUAUUCAUUUUUUGAUCUUCGAAAAGAAUUCAAGAAGUGUUGCCCUGGCUCACCUGAUAUUGACAAACUGGAUGUUGCAGCAAUGACAGAAUGUUUAAACUUUGAGAAGAACAGCUCAGUCCCCCGAUAUGGAGCCUCUCAAGUUGAAGAUAUGGGGAACAUAAUCUUAGCCAUGAUUUCAGAGCCUUAUAAUCACAGAUUUUCAGAUCCAGAAAGAGUGAAUUACAAAUUUGAAAGUGGCACUUGCAGCAAGAUGGAACUUAUUGAUGAUAACACUGUAGUCAGGGCACGAGGUUUACCAUGGCAGUCUUCGGAUCAAGACAUUGCGAGAUUCUUCAAAGGACUCAAUAUUGCCAAGGGAGGUGCCGCACUUUGUCUGAAUGCUCAGGGUCGAAGGAAUGGAGAAGCUCUGGUUAGGUUUGUAAGUGAGGAGCACAGAGACCUAGCACUGCAGAGGCACAAACAUCACAUGGGGACGCGGUACAUUGAGGUUUACAAAGCAACAGGUGAAGAUUUUCUUAAAAUUGCUGGUGGUACAUCCAAUGAGGUAGCACAAUUUCUCUCCAAGGAAAAUCAAGUCAUUGUGCGCAUGCGAGGGCUGCCUUUCACAGCCACUGCUGAAGAAGUGGUGGCCUUCUUUGGACAGCAUUGCCCUAUCACAGGGGGGAAGGAAGGCAUUCUGUUUGUCACCUACCCAGACGGUAGGCCUACAGGGGAUGCUUUUGUCCUCUUUGCUUGUGAAGAAUAUGCACAGAACGCAUUGAGGAAGCAUAAGGACUUGUUGGGUAAAAGAUACAUUGAACUCUUCAGGAGCACAGCAGCGGAAGUUCAGCAGGUGCUGAAUCGAUUCUCCUCGGCCCCUCUCAUUCCACUUCCAACCCCUCCCAUUAUUCCAGUACUACCUCAGCAGUUUGUGCCUCCUACAAAUGUUAGAGACUGUGUACGCCUUCGAGGUCUUCCCUACGCCGCCACAAUAGAGGAUAUCCUGGACUUCCUGGGCGAGUUCUCUACAGAUAUUCGUACACACGGGGUUCACAUGGUAUUGAAUCAUCAGGGCCGCCCGUCAGGAGAUGCCUUUAUCCAGAUGAAGUCUGCGGACAGAGCAUUUAUGGCUGCACAGAAGUGUCAUAAAAAAACCAUGAAGGACAGAUAUGUUGAAGUCUUUCAGUGUUCAGCUGAGGAGAUGAACUUUGUGUUAAUGGGGGGCACUUUAAAUCGAAAUGGCUUAUCCCCACCGCCAUGUAAGUUACCAUGCCUGUCUCCUCCUUCCUACACAUUUCCAGCCCCUGCAGCGGUGAUUCCUACUGAAGCUGCCAUUUAUCAGCCCUCUGUGCUUUUGAAUCCGCGUGCACUGCAGCCCUCCACGGCCUACUACCCAGCGGGCACUCAGCUCUUCAUGAACUACACUGCGUACUAUCCCAGCCCCCCAGGUUCGCCUAAUAGUCUUGGCUACUUCCCUACAGCUGCUAAUCUUAGCGGUGUCCCUCCACAGCCUGGCACGGUGGUCAGAAUGCAGGGCCUGGCCUACAAUACUGGAGUUAAGGAAAUUCUUAACUUCUUCCAAGGUUACCAGUAUGCAACCGAGGAUGGACUUGUACACACAAAUGACCAGGCCAGAGCUCUGCCCAAAGAAUGGGUUUGUAUUUAAGGGUCCCAGCAGUUAGACCAUCCUCAGAAAAGAAGUGUUUGAAAGAUAUAUGGUGAUCCUGAAGCCAUCAGACACAAGAGAACUUCUGGCAACUUCAGGAGAAGUUUGUCUACCCUCAGGCUGCAGUAUUUUCAGCAAACAUGAUUGGACAGCAGGCCUGUACCUUAUCUUUUGGUGGAGUGAAAAAUUUGAGCCAGUGAAGCCAAAUCCAUGUAGCAAGCGGCUUUCAGCCCAUCUGGACCCUUGCUGAUUGCAAACAGGCAUUUAAAAUGUGAAUCUGAAAUCAAACGUCUCCAUUACUUCCAGCUAAAGUGGAACCAUAGGUGUUUCCUAAGUUUUAAUUCUUGGAUACAAAAAUACUCCACUAGUGUCUGCCACCUGCACCGUGAACUCUUGUUAUAGAAGCUUCCUUUCUGUGCAUUCCCGCUCUUUGCUCUCCAUCUCCUUUUGUCUUGCACAGUGAUGCUGUCUUGCUAAGUAUUUCAGGCAUAUGGUCUUGGAAUACUUAAAUUGCCAACUUAAGAAAGGGAAUAAAACUAAUAUUUGCCCAGUCUCUUGGCCAUGAUAUCUUAUAGUAAAAAGACAAAAUGAUUUUUUUAAACACCUGCGGACAAAUUAGAAUAGUGUACCCUUCACAAAACACACAUAGUUAAGUUUGGGUCUUUUUCUCAGCAGGUACCAGUUGUAAAUAAGAAUGAAGUAGGGGCCAAAACAAAAACCAAAAAUGAAGCAGCUACAUGUCGUUAGUAAUUUCUAGUUUGAACUGUAACUGAAUAUUGUGGCUUCGUAUGUCUUAUUUUAUAUUGUACUUUGUUCAUUAUUGAUCGUUUGGACUUUAAUAACAGAAAUUCCAUAGAUUUUAAUGUCACAAGAAAUAAGACUAUUUGAACAGUGUAUUCUAGAAAGCAAUAUACUAACUGAAGUGAAUGCUUGUAUAUAUUAAGAUAGCCUUAAACCUCUUUCUCUAAUGCCUUAACUGUCAAACAAUUACAACUUUUAAAAGCAUAGAGCAAUAGGUAGCCUGCUAGACUGAGAGGCAAACACUAUGCCGUUAGCACAGCUGCUGAUGUCAGUGUUUAGCACUGUGAGUUUAGCUGUGUUUAUGCUACAAAAGUGCAAUAUUAGACUCUAGCUAGCUAGGACUGCUGCCUCAUGUACUCCAAAGAGGAAGACAGGAUUUGAUUAAGUGCACAUGUUUCUUUAAGUUACUCAUAUUGUCCUUUGGUUGGAUGCAAUGCCGUGCUAUUUUUAUUUGCUUAACAUUAAUUUGAUGAACACCUUGGACAGCCAAACAUUACCCCUCUACCUGGCCAGCAGUGGACCUUGCUUGCAGUGAGGGUUAAAGAAGAUAACCAUUUUUUGUAUGUGUGAAAAUUGGUGAUAACUGGCACUUAAGAUCAGAAAUAAGGUUCUUUAUACUUAAUGCCUUAAGAUGCUCUUUGCCCAAACUCUGACUUUAAGAUAGGCAGUAAAACCACAAUACUACUGAGGUUUUGUAGAAUUGUUACAUUUGAUAAUAAAACUCACCUGUUUAAUCUCA